AUGACCUCUUCUGUACGAAUUGCUAAUUGUAGUGGAUGCACUGGUGACGGUCCCGAGGCUCUUGGCCGGGUUGUUAGAGAAGGUCGAGUUGACUUUGUCACCGCGGAUUACCUUGCGGAAGCAAACAUAGCCUGGCAAGCUCUCGAAAGGAACAAGGAUGCCACCAAAGGCUAUGACAGGGAAUUUCUGAAAGCCUUUGAUCAGGAAACGGCACAUAUAGUUGCCGAGAAAGGUAUCAAGAUCAUCCACAACGGUGGCGGGUUAAAUCCCCAAGGCCUAGCUCGAGCGAUUGAGGAGCUCUUAGCUUCCUACGGCAUAGAUUCCCUGAAAGUGGCUUACAUCGAAGGGGAUGAUGUUAUUGGAAUGAUUGACAACUUGAAGCAGUCCGGUGAGCUCGUUCAUCUUGACAACCCUGACAUUACGUUUGAUGCCGUCCAGCCCGAUAUUCUAUGCGCCAACGCAUACCUUGGCAUGGGCGGCAUUGUCGCCGCUCUGGAGCUCGGCGCCGAUAUAAUUAUCUCUGGUCGAUGCUGUGACGCCAGCACAGUGAUGGGAGCCGCUACCUGGUGGCAUGGAUGGAAAUCCUCAAAUCUUAAUCAGCUUGCUGGCUCUCUCAUUGCUGGACAUUGUAUCGAAUGCGGUUGUUAUGCGACUGGCGGAAACUUUUCUGGCUUCAAAAAUAUCCCCGAUAAUCAAAACCAGGGCUUCCCGAUAGCUGAGAUUGAAGCAGAUGGCACAUUCCACAUCUUUCUUCAGGAUCAGGCAAAGGGCCUAGUUAGUCGUGACACAAUUACAGCUCAGCUGGUGUACGAGAUCCAAGGACCCUUCUAUCUCAACCCCGACGUAAUUGCGGAUAUAACGAACGUAACUAUCACGGAUUCCGGAGCAAAUCGCGUUACUGUGAGUGGGAUUCAGGGCCUGUUACCUCCCCCAACAACCAAACUCGCCGUUUGUUCUAUUGGGGGUUACCAGUGCGAAACUUCUGUAUACGCAGUCGGGCUCGAUAUCAAGGAAAAGCUAGCUGCAUUGGUGGAAGCAUUUGACCAGAAUCUCCCGGACAAGUCCAACUACCAAACCUUUCGUAUCAGCCAAUAUGGAGUACCACAAGAGAACCCCUCAUCCCAGGCUUUAGGAACCUGCCAAUUCCGGAUCUUCGCUCAAUCCUCUCGACAAGAACCCCUCCAUCGUGUGAAAGAAGUUUUGAUGGGCUACUGGCUCGGCGGAUUUCCUGGGAUGCACUUGAACAUGGAUUUCCGAACGUUGGAGCCUAAACCAUACGUGGCUUACCUACCAUUCCUCAUCAAGUAUGAUCGGCUGCGUGUACGGACUGUUUGCGGAAACCAGGCUCUGCAAAUUGCCAGCCCCCCCAUGACUGCACCUUUCACUGGUCAAAAUCUUAAAGACGCUGACCAGCCAUAUGAUCCGGAAAUGUAUGGACCAACAGAAAAGGUUCCUCUCGGCACCAGGGUCCAUGCUCGCUCGGGGGACAAAGGUUCCAACGCAAAUGUCGGGUUUUGGGUUCAACAGAAAGAUGAAUAUGAGUGGCUACGUUCAUUCAUGAGCGUCAAGACGUUCAAGGGACUUCUCCGUGACGAAUAUGAUCCCAAUUUUACCAUAGAGCGCUUUGAGAUGCCGAAUAUCCAAUGCGUGCAUUUCCGCAUCAAGGGCAUUUUAGACGGUGGCGUCAGUUCCACGCCUCGGCUCGAUGGCCUCGCAAAGAGCUUUGGCGAAUUCUUGCUCUCAGCCUCUAGUGGCUCCAAAGUUCUGUUUUAG